GGGGCGGCUGCGCUCUGUUUCCUCCGGCCCGGAUACCGGGGUUUGGUUUCCGGAGCGAGACGGGGUGACUGGUAGUGGCGGCGGGCGCGAGCUCCAUUGUGACCCGAGAUCGCGGGCUGAGCCGCUGUUGCGGUAGGUCGGAAACCUGCAUUAACGCCGCUCUGUGCCCAGCCGGGGGGACUUUCUGCGGUGGCUGGAACCAGCCCCUGGGGCAGCCCCGGGCUCUGCCGCCACCAGCCCCUGAGCCGGAGCCUGCAGCUGCUGGUGACGUUGGAGGAGGCGACUGUUUCACCAUGGAGCCCUGGGUGAUGCUGGAUCCGCGGCAGAGAGCCCUGUACCGGGAUGUCAUGCAGGAAAGCUAUGAGACCCUGAUGUCCCUGGCACUAUUUCCGAUUUCUAAACCCGACCUGAUCUCCUGGAUGGAACGAGGGGAGGAGCCAUCCGCCCGGGAUUUCCAGGGACGGGAGAGCCCCCGAGGAGCCCCCGCAGCAGCUGAUGGUUUGGUGAGCGACAACGAGGAGGAGGAUGCUGAGGAGGAGGAGGAGGAGGAAGGCUCAGAGGAACUGGAACCACACACGUCUCAGAACCCUGAGUGGGAAAAGAGCCCUGCUGACUCCGAUGAACAAAAGAAAGCCCAGCCAGGGAAGAAGCAUGACAAAGCCACGCAGCGCGGUCCAGGCCUGAGGAAGCCGAAGGGCACGGUGGCCCAGACUCGCUGUGGUGACUGCAGGAAGAGUUUCGAGUGUGGGGCGGCUGGGGGCCGGCAGCGGAAGGGCAAGCCGACCGAGGAGCGCGCCAAACCCUUCCGCUGCCAGGACUGCGGCAAGAGCUUCAUCUGGGCCUCGCACCUGGAGCGGCACCGGCGCAUCCACACUGGCGAGCGCCCCUUCCGCUGCCCCGAGUGCGGGGAAAGCUACAGCCAGAGCUCCCACCUGCUGCAGCACCGCCGCACCCACACCAGCGAACGGCCCAACAAGUGCGGCGACUGCGGAAGCGCCGCCCGGCCUGACGAGCUGGCCGCCCACCAGCAGGGCCACGCGGCGGACAAACCCCACAAGUGCAGCCACUGCGGCAAGGGCUUCAUCUGGGCCUCCCACCUGGAGCGGCACCAGCGCAUCCACACCGGGGAAAAGCCGUUCAAGUGCCCCGAGUGCGGGGAAUCCUUCAGCCAGAGCUCCCAUCUGUCAAAGCACCGGCGCAGCCACACGGGGGAGCGCCCCUACCGCUGCCCGCACUGCGGGAAAAGUUUCUGUCAGAGCUCGGACCUAGCCCGCCACAAGCGGACCCACCUGGGCAAGAAACCCCUGCGCUGCGGCGACUGCGGGAAGUGCUUCCGAGCCGGGCCGGCCCUGGCCCGGCACCAGCGCUCCCACCGGCGGGAGAGGGCCCACCGCUGCAGUGACUGCGGCAAAGGCUUCGUCUGGGCCUCUCACCUGGAGCGGCACCGGCGGGUCCACACGGGCGAGCGCCCUUUCCCCUGCACCAGCUGCGGGGAGCGCUUCGCCCAGAAGGCCCACCUGCUCCAGCACCGCAAGACCCACUCCCCCGACCGGCCUUACAAGUGCGGGGACUGCGGCAAGCGCUUCGGGGACAACGCCGCCUUCCUGGCCCACCAGCAGGGCCACGCGGCGGAGAAGAGCUACAAGUGCAGCGACUGCGGGAAAGGCUUCGCCUGGGUCUCCCACCUGGAGCGGCACCGGCGCAUCCACACCGGAGAAAAGCCUUUCAAGUGCCCCGAGUGCGGGGAAUCCUUCAGCCAGAGCUCGCAUCUCACCAAGCACCAGCGCAGCCACCUGGGCAAGCGGCCCUACAAGUGUAGCGAGUGCGGGAAGGCCUUCGGCCUCACUCUCGACCUCAUCAUCCACCAGCGGACCCACAUGGGCGGCAAACCCUAUAAGUGCUCCCGGUGCAGGAAAGGAUUCACCCGCCGGGCCAACCUCAUCAAACACCAGAGGAGCCAUGGGGAGGAGGAGCCCUGAGGGGAUGCACGGACUGGGCUGCAGGGUGGAGGGAGCCAAAGGGGGAUAGGAUAAACAUGACAGUGGGAGGCUAACAAGAGCUUGUGUGGUGGGGAAUGGUAUAAAUGUGAGGCUCAGAGACUAACAGGAUAGAGGGAGGGUAUAGAUGUGAUACUUGGCUGCUAAUGAGGUGGAGGAGCAGUAUAAAUGUGACACAGGGAGGCUAAUGGGGGAACAGUAGAAAAGUGACAUGGAGGCUAAUGUGGGGGAACAAUAUAAAUGUGUCACGGAUGCUAAUAGUGUGGGGGAACGGUAUAAAAGUGAUACAUGAAGGCUAAUGCUUGGGGAACAAUAUAAAUGUGACACACAGAUGCAGUAUAAAUGACCCUUGGCGCAGCCGCCCUGGGAUUCCCUGUGUCUCACAGUAGGGUUGCCAGUUUUGGUGGGAUGUAUUCCUGGAGGUUUCAUCGCAUGACGUAAUCUUUAAUUAAAGAUUAAUCUUUCAUUC